UCCACCUACACACCAGUGCGCCUCCUUGCAAAGCAUGAAGCGCUGCAUCGGUUUACAUUGUAAAGCCGGUGGUUUACAGAGCAGUUGAUGAGGGGAGAGCCUGUGAGUGGGCAUCGCUGCUUCAUUAGCAGCAGAAAGCUGUGUAGUGAGGACAGAGAGAUCCACAUGAUGGAGUGAGCAUCGUCUUGGACAAACAGUCUCCCAUGAGACCUGCCUCCUGGACCAGGUGCUGGAGCUUAUUAUGAGCGAGAAACCAGCCAACAGUGCAAGUCUUUUCCUGAACGAGGACGCAGAAAAACCAGCGUUGCCGGACAAAGUUGACCUCGGGAGGCGCCUUCGCAGAGCCAUGGAGAGGAGAGCCAGCGGCAUGAAGCAGAGGAUCGGCUCCAUCGGCAGAAAAAGCCUCAAGGGUUUCUUCAGGAGGAACCUGUUUGUUUUGUUCACCGUCGCCGCCGUGGCUCUGGGUGUAAUGCUGGGCUUUGCUCUACGCCCCUACAACCUGUCCCUCAGGGAAAUAAAAUACUUUUCCUUUCCUGGGGAGCUCCUGAUGAGGAUGCUGAAGAUGCUGGUGCUGCCUCUCAUCGUUUCCAGUUUGGUCACAGGCAUCUCCUCAUUGGACAGCAAAGCAUCUGGCAAGAUGGGUGUACGCGCGGUGGUCUACUACAUGGUGACCACCCUGAUCGCAGUGUUUAUCGGCAUCGUGAUCGUCAUGAUCAUCCGGCCGGGGAGAGGCAGCAGGGACAGUCCUGUGGUGAAAAAUGGAAAUAUUGAACCAAUUCAAGCUACUGAUGCUUUUUUGGACCUCGUCAGGAACAUGUUCCCCCCCAAUCUGGUAGAAGCAUGUUUCAGUCAGCAUAAAACGGUGUACAAGACGAUUGUUCGCACAAGGAACGUCACCGUGUCUAUGAACCUCACUGACUCGCUCAACUUAACAGACUCUGACCUGAGUGAAAACCUCACAAGGGUGUUACACACCAUACAGGAGACGGUGGAGGAAAUUGUCCCUGUAACUAGUUCCUCAGCUGGGGUGAACGCUCUGGGUCUGGUGGUCUUCUCCAUGUGUUUCGGCCUGGUCAUUGGCAACAUGAAGGAGCAGGGACAGGCUCUUAAGCAGUUCUUUGACUGCUUAAACGAAGCUAUAAUGAGGCUGGUAGCCAUCAUCAUUUGGUACGCUCCUGUUGGAAUCAUGUUUCUGAUUGCUGGGAAAAUAGUGGAGAUGAAGAAUCUGGCAGAAGUGGGCGGUCAGCUGGGGAUGUACACAAUAUCCGUCAUUGUGGGUCUUCUAAUCCACGGACUCUUUGUCCUCCCGCUGCUCUACUUUCUGGUUACCAAAAGAAACCCCUACAGUUUCAUCGGCGGCCUGCUGCAGGCCCUCAUCACUGCUUUAGGGACAUCCUCAAGCUCUGCUACACUGCCCAUCACCUUCCGAUGUCUUGAGGAAAACAAUCAUGUUGAUAAGAGAGUGACACGCUUCGUCCUUCCUGUGGGAGCCACCAUCAAUAUGGACGGGACCGCUCUCUAUGAGGCUGUGGCGGCCAUCUUUAUUGCUCAAGUCAAUGACAUGGACCUGAACUUUGGGCAGAUUCUCACCAUCAGUAUCACAGCAACGGCUGCCAGCAUCGGAGCUGCAGGCAUCCCUCAGGCUGGCCUGGUGACCAUGGUGAUCGUAUUGACAUCGGUGGGACUACCCACAGAGGAUAUAACACUGAUCAUCGCCGUGGAUUGGUUCUUAGAUCGUUUGCGCACCACUACCAAUGUGCUGGGUGACUCGCUCGGUGCUGGCAUCGUGGAAUACCUUUCCCGUGAAGAACUGCAGAAUCAAGAUGCUGAUUUGCGUAACUCUGUGAUUGAGGAGAACGAGAAGCCGUACCAGCUCAUCUGCCAGGACAACGACACCGUCAACCACCUUAACAAUGAGACCACAAUGUGAGGACAGUUGUUUUCACCCGAAAUGACUUCACAUACCGAUGGCAUUUCAGCAAGAGAGUGAGGACCUUUGAGAUACAGAACUUUCUUAAGGACCUAAUAGUAAGUGAAGAAAUGGGUCAACUGAGCACCAUCUUGUUUUUACAAAUACAACAAGGCUUUCUUAAAUUCCCACUAAGUAAAGUUUUUACUAUAUAUAAUAUAGUAAAAUAUAUUAUAAUAUAUCCUCUUCUAAGUCCCUGUGAUGGUAAUCUAAGUGUUUAUGAGACGAUUGAGGUGUCUGUCAUCUACCCCUAGUGCCUCUGGCCGAAAAAACAGACUUGCAACUUUCUGCGCAUCAACCCAGAGGCGGUGUUGCGUCUCUGUUCUCGUUCUUGUCGUAAGACAAACAACUUUACGGCAGCCCAAUGUAAGGCCAUUGGCAUCAGGAACACAAAUGACAACACCAAUGACUUGGUAACACUGUUCCCAAGUCUGCUUAUUAUAAGCAGCAUAUAGAUUGUUUUUUUCUUGUUGGUCUCUCGUAAAUUUCAUGAGUGGCAGUUUGCGGAUUAUUAUGCUUUUUUUUACUGUGAAGUCUCUUAUUUGCGCAACAAAUAAACAACUAGUUCAAGAGCUAUAAAUAGCCCCCCCCCUCUCUCUCUCUCUCUCUCUUUCCUAAAUAAGAUAAAAUAGACUCACCCAAGCUGCAUUGCGCUGGGCUCACUCUGAGCCGCGUUUAUCCAUGAAUUUAUGACAGUGCUACUUUUAAAAGGUCCUGUUGGGGGACAGACACUCAAAAAAUAUUUUAUAUGGCUUUAAACAAUAACCAGACUCUUGCCAGAUUGAUGUAUUUACGCUGAGCUCUACACAUCGAUCUGGGAUUGCUCCUUUGGACAUGUAUUUCAGGAGGAGGGGCCUUAUCACAAAUCCUUGCAUAUGAAUGGAUAAACCACUUGUCUGCCAUCUUUACUGACGUGCUACAGGCUCUUGCCAAACCCAGUCGGGAGAAAGGCGAAAAUAUCGUUUCCACCAACAAAAGCCUUCAAAGCCGUUCUCUGGUGUUCUUUUAAAGAAUUAAUAUUCAGUAGACUGGACAUCACUGAUGAAAUAACAGCAUCAAUGUUACCACUUGCUUCCUCGCUGCGAGCCGCAAUUGACCCUUUGCUAAGGCGCGCCCCCCUUGUUUACUGUUGCUAUGCCUGGCAAACAUUGUUGGCCGCCCGCAUAUUGUCAUGGAUUCCACAGUGAUUUUUGAGAAAGAUAUUCCGAAGGAAGUCUUUUAAAUUUUUUGGUGUGGUGUAUCAAAAAUAUCACACCAAAGAGGACCAGACAGAAAGGACUGCAAUGUGCAUAUGAAAAAUAUAUUCACAGCAUCAUUUGUCAGCGGAGUAAUGUUGAUGAAGAGGACAUAAAAAUCGAAGCAAGGACAUUCACCAUUCAUAUUGCAAGAUACAGGCACCCCCCGUGUCUUGACAAUUCAAAUACAAAACAAAUGUAUAAAGGAUGUUCUUGCAUCGUAGAGUAAGGAAAUAUAUUAUUUUAUUAUAAUCCAACUUUCUUCUUUCAAUCAGAAAGCUAUAAACUAGAUUUCGGUAUCUGUUAUGCUAGCCGGCUGCUUAAUGUGUUCUUUUUCUUUAUAGCGCCUCGGGAUAUUGUUUGCACAUGGUGGGUUUGUUCAAUAUGCAGUUCAUAUCUACCUUAAAAACAAAACAAAAAACUUUGAACGGAUUGUCUACUACUGUCGUGUAGCCAAUAACUGUGUGCUAGUUAGCGUUAGCAUCUUGCCUUGGAACAAAAUUAGUAAUCUUUCGUGAUCUUUGAUGGAUCCAGCUGCUCAUAGAGUCUUCCACAUUGUUUAAUCCAUAUUUGAUAUCGCUCCAGGUCUGUCUUGGGUUUUGGGAAAGCGAAAAAUUCAACAGUACCCGAACGUUCAUGAUAUCUUUCAUCAGACUUGCAAGUCCCGUACAGAGACCGCCUCUGCAGUUUUCGAAGGAAGUGAACGUUUGCCAGGCCCUCCCCUCUCAGUUACGCUUGCUAAUGUAUGAUUGGUCAUGGGCGGGACUCAGCGAAGGGUCAAUUGUUGUCUGAAUCAAAACAGUCGCUU